UUUUGUCGAGGUUUCAUUAAAUAGGCAUAGUUGGUUAAAUCUUUGGCCAUCGGUGACUGAAUUCUCUAAGUAGCCUUCUCCUCCUCAUCCCCAGAUGCUGGGUGAGGGUAGGGGCUGAAAGUCCCAACCCCCUAAUAACCUGAGCAGUUUUUAUGGACCCUGCACCCUCCAGCAGCCAUCCAGGGGCUCCUUCCUGUGGCCAUUCAUUAGCAUCCAAAAGACAGUACCUCCCAAGUGUUUCUAGAGUCUGGGCUGUAAGUGGGACAAAGAUCUAAGAGUUAUUUGUUUCAUUAUACUACUGUGUGGUUCAGGGGAGAGGCAGAAACCAGGAACAGGGAAUCUCAGAGAUGAGGCUCAGGUUCUGGUCGAUGAGCAUUAGGCAGGAUAAUGUUUUAAAAGCUGAAAACGUGCUGAUCUACUUUUUAGAGUCCUGAAAAGCCCCUGCCAUUAAAACUUCCUGCCUUCCCUGAAGACAUGCAGAGUGGUUUGGCUCCCCUCACAGAACUGCCCUCCUUUCCAGGCCCCAGCCUCGAGAAGACAGCCCAUCUCAAGAAAGGGGCUCCCUGGGAGCUGUCCCAAAUUCUGCCUGCCCUGUGCCAGCUCCCCCCAGUGAGGGGUCCCUGCAGAGGCCUCUUCUACCGGUACUUCUACAACGACACGUCCAGUGAGUGUGAGCGUUUUACCUACAGUGGCUGUCAGGGCAAUGACAAUAAUUUUGAGACCGCGGAGAUCUGCGUGAGGAUCUGUAAGCCCCCUGAGACCAGGUAAAGGACAGCCGAAGACCAAGCCUGCAUCCUCCCAGCCUUGUCUGAAAGCUACUGGGCCUCCCUUCCUGGGCUUGGUCCCUGCUUGGAACCCAUCCUGUUACCCAUCAGGCCUGGAUCAA